AUGAUCCGUGUUUCUCAAGACGGAGCGGAGCAGACAGCGCAACCGCAGAAAUUCCUACGGUAUAGGUCACUUCGGAAAUCCAGCGUCAAGAAUUCCCCAUCCGAGCCUGCUCCUCCGUUGCCGCAGCCGUCCCCGCCGUCACAAACCUCCAUCACGCGCGUGCCUUCGAGAUAUCGUCGCAAACCCAAGCCGGAAACUACGCCUCCGUUACCUCAAACUCUUCGCAAUCAUGACACAACCGCGCAAUCCGAACCUUUGCCCGGAGAGCAUCACCCUGCGGCUGAAGGCGGACAGGUGGAGACUCAAAGCAGAUCGACGAACAAUGGUUCCCACGCCAUGGUGUCUAAAGGCAAUCACAGGCUUGGUGCUUCGGAAUCGCGGACUAGGGGCACAUCCCACAAACAUACUACUAGCAUAGACUCAACGGCAGCGGAAGGCCUUCGGAGAUCAUAUGAAGUUGCGCGGGAAGAAGCGCGACUGAUAUUGGAGGGCGAAGUCGUCCGACUUGCGGAACUGAGGGCGCGAGAGGCCCAACGACGACUUGGACAACAAGGACAGCGGGGGGCAGAUCGAGAUCGAGCGCGGACAAAUGAAUCUGGUGGGCGCGACGCCGAGCAUGUCGAGAGCCACGGUGAAGGGAUAAGUGGAAUUCAGGAACGGUCUAGAUUGGACGGGCACCGUGGUCAAGUUUCCCGUGAGAAGGACCCAACUGAGAGAAGACCUGUGGAGGACUCGACUGACAAGAAAACACGGAAAUUGAUCAUUGGAGGUCCGCCCCUCUUACGAAGAUCAAACCGACAUAGUCGCGCUUCAUCGGGCGAGCAACGCCGUUCACCACAACGAGGGGAUGCCGGAACCGACAGUGUUGGCACAGUGGACGAAAGUCGCCGAGCCAUACCGCCUAUGAAUGCCCAAAAUUUCUACGCUCCAGUUUCUGCCGUCAAUGCUGGUGAAAGAAGGGUUAGCAUUCAACAUAGAACGACAUCCAUCACGCUUCCAGUCACCCCGUCGACCACCACCAAGGACAUCUUGAAAUCUGCAUCGAUGACCAUGUCCGAGCAAGUCGACCCUCGCACAGCAGUACUUCUGGAGUCAUACUCACAGCUCGGCCUGGAAAGGCCAUUGCGCAGGUACGAACGAAUACGUGAUGUGAUGAACUCGUGGGACAAUGACAACCAGAAUCGCCUCUUCCUUGUGGCGGAAGACGAAUAUGCUGCCCAAGGUCUUGGAUUUGGAGAUGCUCCAAGGCAGCAACCGGCCGCUACAACGGUGCAAAUCUACCAUUCGCACAAGCCGGGUCGGUGGGACAAGCGCUGGGUGAGACUCAGAGAAGAUGGGCAAAUGACGAUCUCCAAGAAAGAAAAUGGCCUUGAUUCCACCAAUAUCUGUCAUCUAUCAGACUUUGAUGUUUACACUCCCACCGCAAGUCAGAUGAAAAAGCUCAAGCCCCCCAAGAAGCUGUGUUUCGCCUUUAAGAGCCAGGCGAAAUCGUCAAUGUUUCUUAGCGGGGCCAACUUCGUGCACUUCUUCUGCACCAAAGACAAAGCAACUGCGGACAAAUGGUAUCAAGCGGUGCACUCAUGGCGGAGUUGGUAUCUCGUCAACAUGCUGGGGGAAGGUCAGCACACCCCAUCAGAACCGGCAAUUAGCAGGCAGCAACUAGGGACCCGAUUGGGCACCGGUCAACCUCAAGAAGUGUCAUCUUACGUACGUGGUUCGACCAAACAUUUCCAUCAAUCUGGACCUCCCAGGAGCAGCGUGGAGGGAAGCAGGAGAACAACCUCUGGUAUUUCACGCCGGCAGUCGCAAGAUGUUCCAAGACCAUUGAUUGAUUUCGUUCCGGAGAGACAACUCACCCCUAGCAGACCUGGUACUCCGACGUUUCAUCCUCCCAAGCCCCCAAUGUUCCCCCCUUCCGCCUUUCCGACCAAGCAUAUCGCGGAGCCUGUCCAUUCAAGCAAGUCAGAUGACGCAGAGGGACCCUUCACGGGCACAGGACUUCUCGCUCGAAGUGCGAGUCGUCGUUCACAGGGAGGAAGCCGCUCCGGCCGAGGAGUGCAAGGUGUCGAUGGCAAGCCUUUGGUUGACAUACAUCCGACAAGCGAAUUCACGGACGGGAGUCUGCUUCGGAAGAUGGAAGCCAUUGCUGCUCAGCAGGGCGCAAUGAAACCCAGGAUCGAUCGAGAGAAGUGGAGGGAAAUGGAUGUACCAGUAGGCGAGGGGUUCGACUGA